GUGAGCCAAGACCACCAUAUAUGUAACCCCCACUCACUCUUAUCAUCUCCACAACUAACCCGGCCUGCUUCUUCUCUGUCCUCUCUAUCUAGCACUACCUCAUCACUCUUCUUCAUCUUCACAAACCCUGCAACUUAACCCAAAAUGGGUUCCACCGGCGAGACUCAGAUGACUCCGACCCAAGUCUCCGACGAGGAAGCCAACCUUUUCGCCAUGCAACUCGCCAGCGCCUCCGUCCUCCCCAUGGUCCUCAAAGCCGCCAUCGAGCUCGACCUCUUGGAGAUCAUGGCCAAGGCCGGACCCGGCUCUUUCCUCUCCCCUAAUGACCUAGCCUCUCAGCUUCCGACCGAGAACCCCGAAGCUCCGGUCAUGCUCGACCGUAUGCUUCGCCUUCUGGCCAGCUACUCCAUUCUAACCUACUCCCUGCGUACGCUUCCGGACGGCAAAGUUGAGAGGCUCUACGGUUUGGGACCCGUGUGUAAGUUCUUGACCAAGAAUGAAGAUGGCGUCUCUAUUGCUGCUCUCUGCCUCAUGAACCAGGACAAGGUCCUCGUCGAGAGCUGGUAUCAUUUGAAGGAUGCAGUUCUUGAUGGUGGGAUUCCAUUUAACAAGGCCUAUGGCAUGACUGCGUUUGAUUACCAUGGAACUGACCCUAGAUUCAACAAGGUCUUCAACAAAGGAAUGGCUGACCAUUCCACCAUUACCAUGAAGAAAAUCCUUGAGACUUACAAAGGCUUCGAGGGCCUCAAAUCCAUCGUUGAUGUCGGUGGCGGCACCGGAGCUGUCGUGAACAUGAUCGUUGCCAAGUACCCUUCGAUCAAGGGCAUCAACUUCGACUUGCCUCAUGUUAUCGAAGAUGCUCCUCAAUAUCCUGGUGUUCAACACGUUGGAGGGGACAUGUUUGUAAGUGUACCAAAGGGAGAUGCAAUUUUCAUGAAGUGGAUAUGUCACGACUGGAGUGACGAGCAUUGCAUAAAAUUCUUGAAGAACUGCUACGCUGCGCUUCCAGACGAUGGCAAAGUGAUUCUCGGUGAGUGCAUUCUUCCUGUUGCACCAGACACUAGCCUUGCCACCAAGGGAGUUGUCCAUAUCGAUGUGAUCAUGUUGGCGCACAACCCCGGCGGCAAAGAGAGGACGGAGCAGGAGUUUGAAGCCCUGGCUAAGGGUUCUGGAUUCCAAGGCAUUCGCGUCUGCUGUGAUGCUUUCAACACCUAUGUCAUUGAGUUUCUUAAGAAGAUCUGAGUACUAGCUACUUGGCUUAGUUGGAUUUUGUAUCCUGUCAUAUGCAUGCUUUGAAUUUGGUUUUUGAGAUGCUGCGCUGAUCUAUCUUCCAGCAUGUGGAAUUUGCACCAUAUGUAAAUUUUAAUUGAACAAAAAAGAAAUAAGAGACUGGUCUUGGUUUUGCUUGUUAAUUAG